GGUGACGCUGCGUUGUGGGGCUGACAAAAUGGCGGCGCCCAGGCGACCGCGUGAGGAGAAGGAGCAGGAGGAUGGUGAUCUGUUGGAGGCUAAACGCGUCCGCGGGCAGCGGCGGCUUCUGGUGGUGCUGGAAGGGGCGAGCCUGGAGACAGUGAAGGUGGGGAAGACGUUCGAGCUCCUCAAUUGCGACAAGCAUAAGGCGCUGCUGCUACGGAGCGGCCGGGACCCCGGGGAGGUGCGGCCCGACAUCACCCACCAGAGUCUUCUUAUGCUUAUGGAUAGCCCCCUGAAUCGGGCUGGCCUUCUGCAAGUGUACAUCCAUACCCAGAAGAAUGUUUUAAUUGAAGUUAAUCCUCAGACCAGGAUCCCAAGAACUUUUGAUCGAUUCUGUGGUCUUAUGGUUCAGUUGCUGCAUAAGCUCAGUGUUCGAGCAGCUGAUGGUCCUCAGAAACUGUUGAAGGUCAUUAAAAACCCAGUCAGUGACCAUCUACCUGUGGGCUGUAUGAAGAUAGGUACCUCUUUUGCGGUUCCAAAUGUGACAGAUCUGCGUGAACUGGUUCCUACAGCAGAGCCAGUAACUAUUGUUGUGGGAGCUUUUGCUCACGGUUCAGUCAAUGUGGACUAUACAGAAAAGAUGAUCUCUAUCAGCAACUAUCCCCUCUCUGCUGCCCUCACGUGUGCUAAAAUUACUACUGCCUUUGAGGAAGCCUGGGGAGUAGUAUGAGCUUCUGUCUCUGCUGCUGUUGUGAUGGACUGCUAUACAGAGACUCCAGAUUCUGGAGAGGCUUUUUUUAGUUCUUUGUGGACCUGGUGCAGCUUUGGGCUCCUGAAAGGGAAAAGCUUCAGUUUCUUCUUUGUAGCUUCUGGAGCAAUGCAACUUUACAUGGACUGCCCCACCAACCCUUUUUCCUCCUAUUAAAGGUAACUUUUCAUAA